AUAUGUAAAACCCACAAAGGAAAACUUGACAGAUUUUAUGAAAAUAAAAAUACUUAGUCUCUACUCCCUCGGUUGAAAAUUUUAUAUCAUUUUGGUAUUUCUAGGUGCAUAAUUUUAAUUAUGUAUUUUUGACAUCGUGUAUAUCUAGAUGCAUAAUAAAAACUAUGCACCAAAAAAUACUAAAACAACCUAUAAUUUACUCACUCAAAUUAUUAGUCGUUUUGGCUUUUCUAUGUGCAUAGUUUUGACUAUGCAUCUAUUUAUAUAUUGUGUCUAGGUGUAUAACAAAAUAUGUAUAUCUAGAAAAGCCAAAACGACUAAUAAUUUGGGAUGGAGGGAGUAGUUUUUAUCAUACUUUACCUCCUUGGUGGUAUGUGAGUGCUAGAGUUUGUUAGUUUGUUACCAUAUAUCUGGUUUAAACUUGGGCCAGAUCAAAUUUACCUUAUGGUUCUUUUCUGGAAUAUUUUCCUCAAGAUUUUGUCUCGAUCGCUCAGCUCAGCCACUCCAGCUUAAGUCGUAUUUGGGAUUGCAGUUAGCUACACUGCUACAGUCUUUACAGUCUUUCUGGCAUCCAGAUAUUUGUGAGUUCAUUCCCUUCUGCUUCGACGACCACAUAGCCAUUGACUUCACCAAAUAAAGGAGUCUUUGUCGCCGCUUUCCCAGUGUGAGCUCUCGCGUGCUAGUUCAGUUCAAAUUCAUCUUCUGUAUGCUGAAGUGGUGCAGCUGCAUCUUAGUUUCCAGCAAAGCAACUCUGAACCUUCAACUUAAGCCUUGAGGAGAUUGAUCUCCAUUUCUUGCCUGCAGCUAGCUUCUCACUUCUACUCAUUCCGUCUGACUGCCUGCUAGUUACUAUCCAUAGCAUCCGUCUUCAAGAGUUGAUCACAAGGUUAUUCAGGCGGCUUUUUCUUGAGGGACGGGACUUUUUUUUAAGACCACAGGCCCAUUUGGCCCCGGUUUUUGAGGGACGGGACUUCACCGGGGUUAAUCAGUAGCUGCCAGAGAUUCCGAGAUGGAUGCAUGGAUGAACCGUUACCGUGCUUUCGCCGAAGGAGUGGUGACUAUGGUCUGCCCGGUGCUUCUUGCAAUUACACUGAAGAAGGUUGAUCUGAACAGCAAGGAACAUGGGCGUGCCAUUCCGAUUACAAUGCUCGUGGUAGCAACCAUUACAUUAACAGUCGAUAUUUGCCCUUUUCUGGUUUGUUGUCUCUCCAAGAGAUUUUCUAGAGGGAGCUCAAGUUCCCCUCAUAAACUUACCAAGUUGCUGGCCCCCUUAUCCAGCACAUUGCUAGUGGCACUUGCCUGCUGGAUCAUAUAUCUGAUUUUAGACAGCUGGGCAUACCCUGUAAUUGGCGCCGUAAUUGGACUCUGCUCCAUAAUUCGUACCAUCAAGUACUUCAGAACCAGUAUGGGUGAUGCUGCUACUACUGCUGCUCCUGCUCCUGCUCCUGAUGCUGCUACUGCUCCUGCUCCUGCUGCUGCUGCUGCCGCUGCAGAUGAAGAAUACAACAAUAAACUGGAGAAGUCACUUGACUUCUUAGCUGGUAUAACUGCACUUCUGUUUCUUGGACUGGAAGGCCUGGCACUGGAGGGUCAAAUUAACAGCACAGAAGAAGUACAGGAUCGUCUUACCACACCAAUUGGCACAAGCUUCUUUGUUUGCAUUAUCGAUGCGUGCUUGAUGCUUGUUGAGACAAUGCCUCCUCACAGCAUCACAAGCAACCUAACAGAGAUCUUUGAUGUGCUCACAGUUUUUUCUGUCUCCAUGGUCAUCUUCUUCAUUAUGUACUCACUGAUGAAACUAAGAGCAUUGCUUCUGAUAGCAGCCCCGUUCUUGAUUCUCCUGAUGCAUGUGUACCACGUCGCCAUCAGUGGUAGCAAUGGAACUGACACAGAUGGUGCCCAUGCCAACCAGGACAAAGAAUCAGGUGGUAGCACUAGCAGUAGCAACAGCAAUGAAGAGCAAUGAGAGCCAUAGGUCUCCAAAGUUUCGUCGCUCUGCAUACAUAUCUCCUCUUAUACUGCUUGACCAAAACUGAAUUUCAUUUUGAGUACACGGUACCAUGAUGCUUUAUAAAUGGAGUUCAAGCUUUAGAGCUCGUUUGGCAUAGCUUUGUGAAGAGCUUCACCAACAGCUUCAGCCGAAGCUAUGCCAAAUACUCUUAUUUGCAACAGCUUCAUGAACGAAGCUGACGGUGAAGCACCCUCCAAAAUACACUGCGGAGGUGAAGCCUGGAAUCCUGGCUUCGACGUGCGUCUCCACCAGACCCACGUGAACAGGCGUUCGUUUGCCCUCGAACUCGCAUUAUUUACAGCCAAAUUGCCACUGCCUUAUCCCUUCCGUGUGUACCCAGCGUGAAGCCACUGUCGCCUCUGUUCUUCCUCGCAAAACAAGCAACGACUGAAGAUGAAUCCCCUCUGGCGGUUGACGGCAUCCACGCGCAGAGGGGCAACAGAGAAGCGG